GUUGUAUAGGUAGUAAUCACAGAUAUGUUGCGACUCGUAUAACAUAGGUCGGAGCUCGGUUGCGUAAACUCUAGCUAAACUCGCUCGACUAAGACCAGCCCCACAUAGCUAGCAAUCAACUCUGCCAUCAUCUAGCUUCCUAAAAUGACGGCAGAGAAGGAAACCAGCAUGCUUCCUUGUGCAAGGUGUGCGGCACCCGCCAAGCUGCAGUGCCCCAACUGCCUCAAGUUGGGCCUGCCGAAGGAGGCGAGCGUGUUUUGCUCACAGGAGUGCUUCAAGGCUGCCUGGCCUGAGCAUAAGAAGGUCCACUCGCCGCCCGCGGACGCAUGGCUGUUCUGCACCAAGCGGGGCAAGGCACGCGCUGACGCGAUGCCGGACUUUGAAUGGACGGGACCGCUGCGGCCAUACCGCAUCAGCCCCAUGCGCGAGAUUCCCGCCCACAUUCCGAAGCCGGACUACCAUAAGGACGGCUACCCCUACAAGGAGCAGGAGAGCCGCCAGCAACAAAUAGUGCCCAUCCGUGGUCCGGACGACACGGCUGGCAUCCGCGCUGCCUGCCGUAUCGGCCGCGAGGUGCUGGACCUGGCGGCGGCGGCGGCCAAGCCGGGUGUGACCACUGACGAGCUGGACCGCAUCGUGCAUGAGGCCAUGAUCGAGCGCGGCGCCUACCCCUCGCCCUACAACUACUUCAACUUCCCCAAGUCCGUGUGCACGUCCAUCAACGAGGUGAUUUGCCACGGGAUACCGGACGCGCGCGAGCUGCAGAACGGAGACAUCCUCAACAUCGACGUGACCGCUUACUUCAAGGGCUUCCACGGCGACCUGAACGAGACCAUUUGUGUGGGUGAGGUGGACGAGGAGGGGAAGAAGCUGAUCAAGGUGACACACGACGCGCUGAUGAAGGCCAUCGCCGCCUGCAAGCCAGGCGUGCGGUAUCGGGACAUCGGUGACAUCAUCACGAAGCACGCCUCUGCCAACGGGUUCCAGGUGGUCAAGUCGUACUGCGGGCACGGCAUCGGCGACCUGUUCCACUGCGCGCCCAAUGUGCCGCACUACGCGCACAACAAGGCGGUGGGCGUGAUGAAGGAGGGGCACGUGUUCACCAUUGAGCCCAUGAUCAACGAGGGCUCCUGGCGCGACCGCACCUGGCCGGAUGGCUGGACGGCGGUCACGGAGGACGGCAAGCGCAGCGCGCAGUUUGAGCACACGCUGAUCGUGACCAAGGACGGCUGCGAGGUUCUGACGAAGCGGCUGGAGACGUCACCGCCGCUGUGGUGGGAGACGCCCGCGGCAUGAGGCUGCGUAGGGCAUGUUGGCAGUAUUGUGUGGUCCCGUGGGCUGUGGGCUGUGGCAGGAUGAGCUUCGUAAAGUGCGGAUUCACAAGGCUAUGGGGAUUGAUGAAGACGUCUGAUAGUGACGGUGCAUGGGGGUGGGCGUUGCUUGCCCCUGGCGCGUGCAGCUUCAUGCGCGGGGAACAGGGUAGAGCGUGAGGCGGGCCGAAUCAGGCUGAACCAU